UUACAGCUUGACUUUGUGUUAACCACAUCUCACCGUAGUGCUCAACGCUUCAUAAUAUUUACUUUCACAACCUUUUAAUUUUAAUACACUUUACGGUUUACAGGAGACGGGUCUGUCAUUGAAGCUAUCAUUAUAUUACAGACACUGUCUAUCACUGACGGUCAACUUCGGCACUUAAACAUUUUAAAGCUAGCUAACGGUAGCGUUAGCAAAGCAGCUCCAGGGAUGGCAGACGUUCCCGGGACAUCAAGUGAGACGAUAACGGAGACUGUUCAGACUAGCACACCGCCGCCGCCCCAGCAGGAGGGACGAAGCCUGACAAUCAAGCUGAGGAAGAGGAAGACUGAGAAGAAGGUGGAGUGGUCUAGUGACACUGUUGACAAUGAGCACCUAGGAAGAAGGUCUUCAAAAUGCUGCUGUAUUUAUGAGAAGCCCCGACAGUUUGGAGAAUCGUCCUCUGAAAGCGAGGGAGAGGAUGAUGAUGAAGGGUGUGGCAGUGCUCACUGUAUCCUGGGCCACGGCAGGAGAGGUCAUGGACAGAGGGGGGGCGGGGGUACCACAGUGCCCCCAAACUCUGGAGGGUCACACACCCACUAAUCAGCACUGCAGGCUGAUUGUGGGGUCAGAGGGGUUUCUCACCACGACAAUGACAGAUUACAAAACUGCACUCUUUUUUAGUUUAAUUCUAUCACUGAAGUACAGGUAGGCCUGAUGCUGCAUUUCAGUCAUGAGUCAGAAACUCCCCAGCUGCUGGAGCAGGAUUAUAGCCUCUGUACUGCUGCCCUGAAAAAGCACAGAGCAACUGGGAUUAUUGAAUAAGCCUAAUUGAAAAUCCUGCUCUCCUUUCAGCAACUGAAAGCAUGCUCAGUAUUGUGCCAACUGACAUACAUAACAUUGAAUAAUGACUUCAAAUUUUAAAGUGCUUUUUUUUUAAUAAAAAAAGACAUGUUCUGAUGAUAACAGAGUUUAAAUUUAAAUUUUGCAUGUUUCAGCCCUAUAACUUCAGAUCACACAUGGUAUUUUCCAAAGCAUGUAGUGGAAUGGUAGAAUUUAAAAUGCUUUCCUAUUUUCCUGGUAGCCAUUGGUUUCCAUUUACUCCACAUGCUAUGACAAUAAACUUUGAGGUUUGUGAUCCAUCACAGUGAA